AUUCUGACCCAUUGGGUUUUACGCGUAUCAUUUCAAAGAAUAACAAUAGGAAACACUGUCAAUGUUGAUCACCGCAAUAGACAAGAAAUGCCAGAAAAGUAUCAUAUACUAACAACGGCUCCGAAUGGGAAAUUUACAGUGUUCAAGACGCACAUCCAGCAUGUCAACUCCUCCCAUGGAAUCAUUGUACUCCUGGAUGUUCAGCUGAUCUGGUCUGGGUUGUCAUGGCAACCUGUUCACCUUCAAAGCUCACAUCAGGCAACUCAAAGCCUUUCUUUUGCCACUUGUAAGCUUUUGCGGCACGAUUUGGCUCCAUCUGUGAGCUAGCAGUCUCGGCAAACGGCACAUCCUCAUCAUUGGACGAGUCAUUGUCUUGGGCAGAAGAUUCACAUCAUCACUUUCAACAUCUGGUUGAAACAAUUAAUCAGAAUCGCUAUCGCUGGUUUGCUGAGAAGAGAAUUUUGUUAGGGUAGGUUUCCAGCUCAACAAAACACCAUUUGGUCAGCUAUCUUGUCACUCCCACUCUGGCUCGUGUCAGUUCAAUAUUUAUCCACUAGGUGUCUCUAUGCAGGGGCCAGAAGUAGCACUCUGAGCUUUUGAGGUUAAAUUUGACUUUUUUUUGGUUUUCCAGGGUUAAUUUAGCAUCUACAGUAAAUAGUUUUUACGUUCCCACCAUGAUCCCACCGGCAGACUCGCUGCUGAAGUAUGACAACCCGGUGCUCAUGAGCCAAAGGCCAAGACUCAAGUCUCCAAAGGGUCGCAACUUUAAAGUCAGUCCCCAGCAGUCUCCAGACACCACCCCUGUGCCUCCUCCCCCCAAACCAAAACCAGAGACUGAACAACACAAUGAAGACAUCCUCAGUUCCAUACUUCCUCCCAGAGAAUGGAUAGAGGGGAAUCAAUUAUUUGUGCAGAAAGUGUCCAGUGCCUCUUCUACAAGAUCAGAUGUGAUUAAACUAACUGAACAACUGGACACAAAGUUACAACAGAAACAGGCCAGACUCACAGGCAUCUGCCCAGUGCGCAGGGAACUCUACUCACAGUGCUUUGAUGAGCUGAUCAGACAAGUGACCAUAAACUGUGCAGAGAGAGGUCAGCUGCUGUUAAGAGUGAGAGAUGAAAUAAAGACAACCAUUGCAACAUAUCAGACAAUCUACGAGAGCAGUGUGGCAUUUGGGAUGAGCAAGGCCUUGCAGUCAGAACUUGACAAGUCUGACAGGGAGAAAAAGAUUGCAACACUGGAGAGUGAGAAGCAGGAUCUAAUCAAGCAGCUACAGGAGGAGAAGGCCAAAUGUGAUGCCAUUGAGAAAAGAGAAGCCGAGAGGAGACAGGUAGAGGAGAAGAAGCACUCAGCAGAGAUCCAAGUUCUGAACACCUCCAACAAACUGCUCAAGACCGAGCUGGAAGCAAUCAUCACAUCUAAGAAGCAACCUACACCUACGAAAUAAUCAUCUUUUAUUUUUUUGUUACCAUUCAUUAUCAAAUAUGAAAUCAAAUACAGUUUUAGCAACAACUGCACAUUGUGGUGUUACAGUAAGAUUUAAAUACUGUAAACUGGAAUACACUUUCAAACCAACAGAAGGUUUGCCAGGGUAAAAGACAAGUCAGUAACAGCUCCCAGCCUUUGCCUCUGUAAAUGAUAACAGAGAAAUUAAGGCAUCACGUAGACCCUUGUCUCAACCAGUUAAAAUUCCAGAGCAGAAUUAAAUAAAGAUUUAUUUGUUGUGUCGUAUAUUAUCCAGUCUAGUGCUUUGAUCUCUUGGCUUUAUGGCCUUCUGUAGCAGAUGCUGGCUUCUUUCGGUUUUUGUUCUUGUUUUUCACAUUGUGUGUUUCAUAAUAGCGCACACCCACUUUCUUAUCCUUCUUCGCCCGUUCUAUUGCUCUAUUCUGUUGAGACAAAAAUAUAAAGGGACAAAUGAGACAAAAAUGUAAUAUAUGUAAUAUAUAAGUCUUCCGGUCAUCUGCGCACAUUUUUGUUCAACAUAAUAUCUAUUUUCUAUUUU